AUGACCUUCAUCGCUGAUUCCUUCCCGUUACUUGAAGAGUUGGAUAUUAGUUUCCCCAAAGGAAUAAGCGGUGACGACUACUACUACAACUAUAACAAUGCCCUAAAGGUUUUCCUUACUCGGCUUUCAGAACUCCGUAAGGUUAAUCUCUCUGGUAAUUCCUAUGUAAAUGACUCGUUGUUUUUUCAGCUAUGUAUGAACUGCAAGUUUCUCAAAGAGGUGGUUAUGUACAAAUGCCGUUCCAUAACACAUGCUGGUAUUGCUUCUGCAAUCUACCAGAGACCGACUUUAAGUUCUUUAUCUCUUACCAACUUUAAGGAAGCUAGAGAAAUAGAAAAUGUUACUUUGUACUUCAUUGAUUCAUUGCAUCUAGAUCUUCAAUGUGCAAAGUUUUUGAAUGAUCAGCAUUUCAAUGAGCUGUGUGCAUUUCUUGGUGAUUUAGUGUCUAUAAAUGUGAGUGGUUGUGACGACCUCACCAAUUCAGCCUUCUUUGCACUCCUUAGGAACUGUCCUUUGCUCACUGAGAUCAGAAUGGAGUCAACAAAUAUUGGAGUUAGUUCAAUACCGUCCAUGGAUUUGGUUGAAUACCAUCAGGUGAAGUCUCUCCAUUUGGCUCACAAUUCAGGUUUGCAAGAUGAACACAUCAAAAGGUUUGCUUUAAUGUUUCCAAGUAUGCAAUUUCUUGAUUUGUACGCUUGCCGUUACAUAUCUGAAAAAGCUAUUAGUAAAGUGUUAAAUAGAUGCUGUAAGUUUAGGCAUUUGAACUUUGCCUUCUACCCACAACCUAAGCUAUUUUUGAUCAACUUUGAAGUUUCCAAACUGGAGGUGCUGAACUUGUCAAACUCAAGAAUUGAUGAUGGCGCAUUGUAUGCGAUUUCAAAGAGUUGCCCUCGGCUUCUACAUCUGGACCUGGAAGAUUGUCAUCAUGUCACGGAGAAGGGAGUGAGGCUAGUGUUAGACAACUGCGUACACCUGAGAGAGAUUAAUUUGCAAUAUUGUCCUAAAGUAUUUGCCGAUACUGUUGCCAAGAUGAUACUUUUGAGGCCAUCAUUGAGAAAAAUAAUGACACCGCCUCGUUUUCGUCUGUGA